AGAGAGAGAGAGAGCUAAGAAAGAAAGGGUUUAUCCUCAGCUCAGGUCAUCUCUCAUCUCCGGCAAUGCAAGCCGUGCUCGCAGCCAUGGCCGCUCAAGCCAUCUUAUACGACCCUCCUAUACUCCCAUUCCUUCCCUCUGCUCGCCCCUUCCACUACUCCUCCCUCCCCGCCCACCCUCUUCCUCUAUCACCCUCGUCCUUGAAUCUCACCGCCGUCGCUGCUCCCAAUCCGGUUGCUGUUGUGGCUGAGACUAAGAAGGCCGUCGCCGUCCUCAAGGGCAGCUCCAACGUGGAGGGCAUCGUUAAUCUUCUCCAAGAACCCAAUGGACAAACAACUGUUAAGGUUCGUGUCACUGGACUUACUCCAGGAUUUCAUGGCUUCCACCUUCAUGAAUAUGGUGAUACUACCAAUGGUUGCAUAUCUACAGGACCGCAUUUCAACCCAAACAAAAUGACACAUGGAUCUCCUAAAGAUAAAAUUCGGCAUGCUGGGGACCUAGGAAAUAUAGUUGCGAACAAACAAGGAAUUGCAGAGACAACUAUUGUGGAUAGCCAGAUUCCACUUGGUGGACUUAAUUCAGUCAUUGGAAGAGCAUUUGUGGUUCAUGAGCUUGAGGAUGAUUUGGGUAAAGGGGGUCAAGAACUCAGCCUCACUACUGGUAAUGCUGGGGGGAGAUUGGCUUGUGGCAUUGUGGGGCUGACUCCAUGAAUGAUCAGAGCUUGAUGUGUGAUCCAAAGGCUUGACUUGGCUUGCCUUCAAAUGUUGAAAUUCUAUGGCAAUAGUAAAUAAAAUCAUACUAUAUGAUGCUUGUGCUGUAAUUUGUAAUUAUGUGUAAUUUAGUCAUGCCUGUUGAACCUAGUGGAUAAAAGUGAAAUAAAUCCAACUCACAAUAACUUAUCUAUUUACUUGAA